UCAGAGCGAUUGUUUGUUAUGUCUUGUACAAUGACGUAAAAAAGUGUCAAGAGUGGCUGUAAAAUAAAAGUUUGACACAUUUUUUUAUAAGGCGUGACAUCUAGCAUACAUUUGUAAGAUAUUUGCAUUAUUUCCGAUUGUCUUCAUGUCUUAGAUGUGCCGCCUAUUAAGAACAUCUGGAGUCGGGCUUUUAUCAUGGGAGAAAUAAAUGUAACCGACUUAAUGAACAUGUCAGCUGUUUCACCUUUGCCUCUAGAAGUUGAUAAUGGGACACGAGAUGUAGUUAUGGAUGAUAAUUCUACUGUAAAUGGUACUGAUGUUGAUGUUCCACCCACUUUUCUCCAGACAACUGGAGCUCAAGUGAUAUCUGGGAUAUUUGUAUGGUUUGCUCUUUUCUUGACAUGCCAUCAGAUAUAUAAGCACUUGCGAUUUUAUACAAGUCCUUCAGAACAACGAUGGAUAGUUAGAAUAUUAUUCAUUGUCCCAAUAUAUGCUUUUGACUCAUGGUUGAGUCUUUUGUUUUUCCGUGAUAACUAUUAUAUAUACUUUGAUAGCAUCCGGGACUGGUAUGAAGCUUUUGUGAUUUAUAACUUUCUCAGCUUAUGUUAUGAAUAUUUGGGUGGUGAAGGCAACAUUAUGUCUGAAAUUCGUGGAAAACCAAUCAGAUCUAGCUGGUUGUAUGGUACUUGCUGCUUGAGAGGAAAGACAUAUACUAUUGGUUUCUUACGCUUUUGCAAGCAGGCAACUCUUCAGUUUUGUGCAGUGAAGCCUCUGAUGUCAGUUAUUAUUCUCAUUUUACAACCCCUUGGAAAAUAUUCAGAUGGUGAUUGGAGGCCUGACAGUGGAUAUUUAUAUAUCACUAUUAUUUACAACAUCAGUGUUACUCUUGCUCUUUACGGAUUGGUAUUGUUCUACUUUGCAACUCAUGAACUUCUGUCUCCUUAUGAACCUGUUUGGAAAUUUCUUACUGUGAAGUCCGUUAUUUUCCUAUCAUUCUGGCAAGGAUUUGUGUUGGCAAUUCUUGAAAAGGCUGGAGUAAUUGUACCAAUUUUUGCCACUCGAGCAAGCAUUCAUCAUACUGCUAGUGCUGGUACUGUUUCAGCAGGAAUUCAGAAUUUCUUGAUUUGCAUUGAAAUGUUUUUUGCAGCACUUGCUUUACGAUAUGCUUUCCCUUAUCACGUCUAUAUGCAGGAUUGUACUACCGACUCUCAAGGUCGUUCUGUUACCAUGCAAAGCAUAUCAAGCAGUUUGAAGGAAACUAUGAAUCCUAAAGAUAUUAUGAAUGAUGCAAUACAUAAUUUUCACCCCCAGUAUCAGCAAUAUACUCAGUAUACUGCACCAGCUGCACCUGUCAGCCAUUGGGGAAGUAUUCAAGAUAACCCUGCUCCUCGACGCAGUACUAAUUCUACACAUCGCCAAAUAUCAACUAUAAGCCAUAAUUACAAUGAAAAAUCAACCCUUCUUAGUUCAGAUGAUGAAUUUCAAUAACUUUGAUGUGUGAAAAUUGGAAUUUGUUAUUUUUUGUUUCUAGAUUCAUUUACUGUUAUGCUACUCCUUUUUUCACGCUAAGCUUUCAAAGUACAAUGUUUUUCUUGUACAUUUUUUAUAUCUAGUCAUACUGAUGAAUUUCAUGAUUAGAAUAGUUUCUUCUGAAAUUUUACUUUUUUUUCAACUUAAGUUUAUAGAUUUGUGUUUAAAUUCAUGUUUGUUUGUCAGUGUUUCCAAUUUUUUAUUAUGUUUGUUCUGUUGAUGAAAUUAUAUAUAUUUUUUAUUUAUGAUGAUUGUUGGAUUUCUUUUUUAUUUCAAGAAUAUAAGAAAGAAUUUAACAUGUUGAUGCUGACAGAUACUACAAAUAUGUAACAUGUAAAUGUGUAAAUGAGUGACCUGAUGUUCCUGAGAUUAAAGGUGAUAUGACUUAAUAUGCUGAUCUUAUUGUUAAAAAGGGGAAAAAAACUUCCAUUCUUACUUAUCUGGUUUUAUUUUUUAAAUUUUAAACUUUUUGGAAUGAUACUCUUUCAUCUGCAUUUAUUUUGAAUAUUAAAGAUCAUGUUUGCUGUGAAUUUAUCAUUAGCAUUAUUGAAUACCCAAUUCUAGAUUAAGUCAGUAUCAACAUGUUAAGAACUCUAAAUAUGUUUCCUUUCUUGUUAAAGAAAAGAAGUGGAAACAAGAAUUUCGAGCAUAAAGAUACAUAAUUAAAUAUUAUUUGAUUGUUUUAAAUAAUCCUUAUGUUUCAGCAGCAGAGUACUUCAUUAAAUGAUUUUCUGUUUUGAAAAGAAAUACUAGCAGAAAGUUUAGUCCUCCAUUAGUUAUAUUUCAAAUUAAACCAUUAAAAUACUACAUUAUUGAACAUUAUAUGUUUAAAUUCUUAAUUUUUCUUUCUACAAAUAAGGGGGUUGUAAUUUUUAGAAAAUAUAAGUUGCUUUUUCAAAACUGUUUUAUCUCAUCAAGGUUGAUACUUUUUGGAUCUGCAUUUGUAUUUUAUAUUUGCAUCUAUAUUUAUAUAUUUUAGAGAAAUAACAUUAAAAUAGGGUAAAUAC